AUGUCGAGAACCCAGCUAAUACUCAAACGGGUGGUCCAAGAUUUCCAUCCCAUCUGGUUUGCCAGUACUAUGGGUACCGGGAUUUCCUCAACCAUCUUGUACAACUUCCCUUAUCCUGCCUACUGGCUCAAAGUUUGCAGUUACAUUAUGUUUGCGGUGUGUUGCUUGUUGUUCAUUUUCUUUAAUCUCAUCUUGGUGGUGGCGGCGUUCAAGUAUCCGCAGAAAUGGAAACACAUGCUAUUGAACGUGGGCCAAUCGGUGUUCUUUGGGUGUUAUUCGAUGGGGUUUUCCUCGAUCCUUUCGUACCUCCAUAAUAUCGUGGGAGAAGAUUGGGCCACCGCGCUUUUCGUGCUUUGGAUCAUCAACAUUGCCAUCUCGCUCUUCACCGCGUGGAUCAUUACGUUCUUAGUCCAUUAUAAAGGCGAGGUCCAGCCGCACGAGAUCCACAUUUCGUUUCUUUUACCAGUGGUGUCGCAAAACGUCGUGGCUGCCGUGGGUGGGGUGUUGUACGAUAUCCUCCAUCCGAAUUUGAAAUUACCAAACAUCAUCAUCUCGUAUCUUUGUUGGGCCAACGGGAUCGCGUUGACCGGGUGGGUUGUCGGGGUGUAUAUUUGGAAACUUUACGUCCAUAGGAUCCCAUUAGCGAAAAACACCGGGUUUGUGGCGUUCUUGCCAGUGGGGGCGUUCGGACAAGGGGCGUUUGCGGUGAUGAUCAUUUGUGACAAUUUCCGCAAUUACUUGCAAGACAUCGACCCGAAAUUCCUCCAAAUUGGCCUCGAUGAUGCCAGUAUCGUCAACAAUAAUUUGAUCGUCGGCCAAUCUCUCAAAUACUUGGGAUUAAUGGUGGGGUUGUUCUUGGUGUCCAACGGGUACUUUUUCACUUUCAACGCCGUGGCAUCGGUUUGGGGCGCGGGAGUGGAUCGGUUCACUAAAGGGUUCUGGGCGUGUACUUUCCCACUUGGGACCAUGGCAUUGGCAAACCAUGAGCUUUAUACGUUAUUUGGUUUCAGGGCGUUCAGAGUGGUGAGUGCGGUGUACUCGACGGUGUUGGUGUUGAUCACCACUUUUUGUAUUUUCGGGUCGUUGGUUUACGAGUUUCCUCAUGAGAUUUACAGACCAAUUAAACAAGAAGAUGAGAAAGAUGCUUUGGCAUGA